UUUGCAGUCCCCGCCGGGAUAUAAAUCAGUAGUGGCCAGAAAUUGUCAUGAAAAGUCAUAACACAAGACACAUAUACGAAUCUAACAGCAAAUCUUACAAAGCAAUAACUGAUAUAACAGUAUCUACUAAUACAACAGUUGCUUACACGUCACAUGCAAGCACUCGCUUGGGAAUUUUAAUCACUGCAAUUGCACCGUGGGGAUUCAUGAGAAACAGAAAUCAAGGACAUCCACUACUAUUGUAUCCUGGGGCAGAAGCAGAAACUAAUUUCGAAGUCUUUUUCCAAACCUCCCAUUUUACAUCUUACAGGCACGGCUCAUUAACCACCAAGGUAAGUUGACAAAGGAGCUCUAGGCUCUGCUUAUCUAUUAUAAACACACCUCAUGUAUCUGCACACAGGCUUCGAGAAAAAACGAGUUUUUUCCAAACCUAACACUUUACAUCUUACGGAUACUGCUCAUUAACCACCAUGGUAAAUUGACAAACGAUUGUGACAAUGAAGCACUAGGCAAGACGCGUCAUUUUCGUUUUUUAAACGGACAAAAAAGUGUCCUAGGACACGCGCCGCGCGUCGAAUGUCGUAGGACAUUUUUAGGACAAGUCAUUUUUUGGCCUCCUGUAAACCGGCCCUUACGCCUGUUCUAAAAAAUCCAUAAAAUUAAGUCGGUGUUGCCUGAGCAGCAAAAAGGGGGACUGCAAAAACGCCAGGUGUCGUCUCCAAGGUGAGUCAUAUGGCGAAGUUAAGGUCAACGUGCUACGUCAUAAGUAGGUGUGUCUGUGAUCGAGACUGUAGGCUUGUUGAUACUCUGAGACAACAACACUGCAACAGUUUCACCGCACUUGUAAAUAAUUAGUCGAACCUGACAGUUGUGUUGAGUCAAACUGAGUCAACUGAUCUUCAAUAACGCGAUCUGAACUAAGGUAACAACAGUUUUAGGUUGAAACGUCGCAGCGUCUUUCGUGGCUCAGCUGUACGUGUACGGCCAGGUGAAAGGCAACUUUUAAGAGUUGUUGAAGAACCACAGACAUCACCCCGCACAUCGUGCUCAUUUCUGUCGAAUCUACUGCUGUAACCAGCUACCAGACGUUCUCAGAGCCGUGCCUGGUACAGGAGUGGACGGGGAAGAUGGGACGCUUUCCCCAUGAAAAACAACCACCUUCCAACGCCCUGGGGCCACUGCUGGUUCUCCUGCUGAGCCAAGUUGAGGUCGUCUUCAGCCUAAACGUUGACAUCGGUGUGAUGUACGCGGCAGGUAACCAGGAAGCGUACGCCGAGGGCGUUCGUAAUGUCCUGCGGGACUUCAGCCAGUCCCAGGGUCCGCCUGACGUCACGUUCAACCUGGUGGAGCUGGACUCCAGCUGUGUGGAGAAGGACGCUCUGGACAACGCCACUGCCUGGUUCAAGGACAGAGGGAUCUGUAACAUCCUUGUGGUGAACAACGACAGGAAGGCUGUUAAAUUGGACCAAAAUCUGGAAGGGGAGGCAACUCACUGCGCUUACCAUGACUUAACCCAGGACAACAGCCAGCUGCUCACCAUGGUUGUUCAGCGUCCAGUGGAGGCGCAUGGCCUGCCACCCAACAGCGGGGUCUGGGUGACGUCAUAUCCGGAGCCGGACGACCUGAGCCUGAUGAUAGUCAACACGGUGGAGAAGUACAAAUGGACGUCAGCCUUCGUGCUGUAUGACAAAUUCGCAGACGCCUACCGUAGUUUGCAGAAGUUUCUGAACUGGGCCGCAGAUCGGGACUGGCUCCUGCGUGUGAAGGAGAUCCCUCUGGUCGGAGAAGGUCCGGACAAGGUGGACAAACCCGCGCUGACCGAGCUUCUCAGACAAGUCAAGAAAUCUCGCGAGAGUCACGUGAUCCUGAUGUCCAAUUCUGCCAUCAUCAAUGAUGUCCUGGACAGGGUAUGUCGUUCUAGUUAAUCAAUGUGCUUAUUUGUAAA